UAUAACAAUGGAGUCGGACGUUCAUAGACAUGACUGGGUUUGACAAACGCCGAUUCCUUUAAAAUCACCCGUUUGUGUGUCAUGAAAUAACGAUAGCGACUUACGAUACGAGUCCCAUCGACAAGGAAUGCACCGACCUUGCCUUUAUACUUGAGCUGUGCUGAGUGCUUGUGGUUUCACCUUUUCUUCUGGGCUCUUUUGGCAGCGGGAGCUCCUCCAGUGGUGCUGAUGUUCGUGUCUUUUGUCUCUUCACAGUUGCAUACUGAUAACAGCUUAUGAAAAUGUCUGAGGUCGGCAUCGGGAAGCGCAAGGAAAAGUGCGAGAACUGCACCAAGCAGUGCAACAAGAAACAGAGCAAUGAUGAUAUCAGCGCACAUCAGGAGAGCGAUCUCGUCAAUGGACAGGAGCGUGAAGGAUCGCAGUUGCUCCUCAGUGCGUGUCUAUCCUGUGACGGCUGUAUGUCUGAGGAGGAGAGCCUGAAGGUCUCUCAACAGAACUUGGAGGAAGUAGAGCGUGUUUUUGCUCUCAAUAAGAAGUGUGACGUGGCGAAGCACAAGGUUCUGGUGGCGUCGGUGUGUCCACAAUCGCUGCCUUUUUUUGCCGUAAAGUUUGACCUGGACAUCGCUGAGGCUGCCAAUAAACUUUGUGGUUUUCUCAAGAGUCUUGGGGUGCAGUUUGUGUUUGAUACCACUCUGGCAGCAGGUUUCAGCAUCAUUGAGAGUCAAAAGGAGUUCAUUCAGAGGUACCGCAGGAGGCACCAUGACUCCCACGCCUUGCCUAUGUUCACCUCCUCCUGUCCAGGCUGGAUACGCUAUUCAGAGCGCGUCCUUGGAAGUUUGGUCACCCCGCACAUCUGCACAGCAAGGUCUCCGCAGCAGAUUAUGGGCUGUCUAGUCAAGGACUACUUCUCUAAACAGCAGAAGAUAAAUGUUGACAAAGUGUACCAUAUGGUGGUGGCUCCCUGCUUUGACAAAAAACUGGAGGCUGUCAGAGAAGAGUUUUACAACAGUCUGCUGGAGAGCAGAGAUGUGGACUGUGUCCUGACCUCAGGGGAGAUUUACUACCUUAUGCAACAGAAGAAGGUCUCUGUGGAGGAGCUGGACUCUGUUCCAUUGGACCAUGUGCUGGGUGAUGGUGGAGACGUGGCGCUGGUUCGACAUGAAGGCCACGGUUCUGAGGGUUUUCUGGAACAUGUGUUCAAGCAUGCUGCCAAAGAGCUAUUUGGUCUGGAUGUCCACAAGAUCACAUAUAAGACCCUUAGGAACCGCGAUUUCCAGGAGGUGACGCUAGAGCGAGAUGGAGAAACGCUGCUGCAAUUUGCUGCCGUCUAUGGUUUCAGGAACAUCCAGACCCUGGUGCACCGCAUGAGGAAAGGACGGGUGCCUUACCAGCUGGUGGAAGUGUUGUCCUGCCCAGGAGGGUGCUUGAGCGGCCGUGGUCAAGCAGAGUAUGAGACAGCGGGCCGAGUGGAUAAAAACCUGGUCCAGCAGAUGGAGGAGGCUUACAGCAGCUUGUCAGUCAGUCUCCCGGAGGUCAACCCCACCCUGCAGACCCUUUAUCAAGACUGGCUUCAGGGCCAGGAGUCACAUCAGGCUGGCAAGCUACUGCACACCCAGUAUAAGAGUCAGAGACAGAUGCCCUCACAUCCCCCACACAUGCAGUGGUGAGGAUAAAGGAGCAAUGAUUUUAAUGAGGGUCCACCUUUGGGAAUCCACUUGAACUGUCUCACAGGUUAUCAUUGGGAUAAGUUAAGGACAAGCUUGUAUGUUUAAACCAAUCAGAGCUGGACGCAGUAGAUGCAGUUCUUCCACUGGAGGGCGCUGUAUAACAGAUAAGCGUCCAACAAAAAAAGACUUGUGCAGACAAGGUCACAAAUGUGAUGUGGUUUAUGUUGACAGACCAAGCAAUAAGCCAACAAACAAAAGCUCAUCUGAACGUACAUAAGGAGCGUGUAUUUCAAAUCCACACCAGCCCAACGUGAAAUGUGUUAAAUGUUUACAAUAAGUGUUAUAAUAAUCAUUAUGCAGCAGUAAUCAUCCUAUUGUCUCAUCAGUCAAUGACAAAUGUGAGUUUCAAGCCUGAUCAGUAUUUUUUUUUUGUAAUGGUACAAGCUCUGGUAGCAGGGAGGAAUAGUGGUUAACCUCAUAGUCGUCAUAGAGUUCCGGGUUUGAACAUCUAUGCAUGUUUGCUUGUUUGUAUGUGCCCUGAGAUUGACUGGCAACCAGUCCAGGGUGUACCUCGCCUCUUGCUCAAAGUCAGCUGGGGUGGGUUCUAGCACACACGCAAUUUUAGGACAAGUGGUAUAGAAAACCAAUGGUUAUUCGCCAUUCAGCACAACAAACACUGGCUAAUAUUUGUUUUAAUUUAUAUGUUGUUGGUGUUCUGUCUUUUAUAAGAUCAAUACAUGCUGACCACUAAAAAAAAAAAAAGUCUGACCACUGAAAAUUGUUGGUCUUAUUCUUUUAGAGCAGGGGUGUCCAAAGUGUGGCGGUGUGAAAUUAAACAAACAAAAAGUUUUGGGGAAAAAUAGAGCAAAAAGGCACAAUGCAAAGAGGAAACGCUAAAAUGUUGCUACUAAUAACAAAAAUGCAAAGCUUUGUCUUUAAAUAUAUACAUAUUCAAUGUAUAUACGGUACAAAAUUGUAAUAAAUAUAUAUGGUAUAUCAAAGUG